AUGUCUCUGAUAAAAAUAACGUCUGAGCCAGCAUUACAUUUUCAAGAGAUUGAUGUAAAAGAUAAAUAUAAUUUCAUCAAACAAAUUGGAAAAGGCAGCUACGGUGAAGUAUGGCUUGUUCAACCUCUACGUUCAAAGCAAAUCAAACAGGUUCGGAAGUUAAUUUAUUUAAAACAGCAAAAUAGUGCACCACAAACCGAAUUAGAGGCAGCUGAGCGUGAAGCCAAACUCUUAUCAUCACUCAAACAUCCAAAUAUUGUUUCUUAUAUUGAAUCCUUUCGUUCGGUUGAUAAUUUUCUUAAUAUAGUAAUGAGUUAUUGUGAAGGUGGUGAUCUCUAUACAAAAUUAAAAGAACGAAAAACAAAACAACAAAUAUUAAGCGAAAAUCAGAUUGUUGAAUGGUUUGUACAAAUAUGUAUGGCAUUGCAAUACAUGCACGAUAGAAAUGUUUUGCAUCGUGAUUUGAAAACACAAAAUAUAUUUUUGACAAAAAAUGAUAUUGUCAAAGUGGGAGAUCUUGGCAUCGCGAGAAUAUUGGAUAAUUCUAGUGACAUGGCCACAACAAUCAUCGGAACACCGUGA